GUAAGGUUAUGUUUUCUGUCAAAACACUUUUUUUUUCUUUUGUCAUCAUGUAAAUAAUGAAUAAAUACACAUGAUGUAAUAAUCCUGUUUACUUUCUUUUUUUUUCAAAGAAAUAAUAGUACAAGAAAGCUUUAUUUGAUAGCUUUAAAAUUAUAGAAAAAUGAUUUCGAACGCUGUUCGUUUAUCUGUUUGUUCGGGUAGUUUUCUCUACACUUUUUAUGUUAUGUGUAAUUUCAUGAUUUUCUUAUCAAGUCAUAGUGGUAAUCAAAAACUUGUUGAACUGACUGAAACAGAAGAUGAAGAGGAGGAUACAAUUCUCAUGACAAUACAAUAUUUAAUGAUCAACACAUGCUUGAUAGGUGCCUUUGUCCUGCAACAUUCAUUAAUGGCUAGUGAUUUUAUAAAAAGAAUUUUUUGCUCAUUAAAAAUAGAGGAUCUCGAGAGGAGUAUUUAUAAUGCUUGCAGUGCAGGAGCACUUCAUUUGUUGAUUAAAUUCUGGACGCCGAUAUCGUCGAUAAUAUUGUGGAAUAUAAAUACGAUACAAAAUUCAAAAAUAUCUUUAGUGAUGACAGUUUUUCAAAUUGUCGGCUGGAUUAUCAUUUACAGCGGCUGUCUUAUGAUGGAUAUCGGCGAAUUAGUUGGAAUAAAACAAGUUAUUUAUAAAAUAAAAAAUUUGCCCUCGCCAAUAAGCACAAAAUCCCGUGAAUUAAAACGUUAUUUUUCUCGUAUGAGACAUCCAAGUUACAUUGGAUUUUUAUUCAUUCUUUGGAUUCAUCCAUUCAUGAGCCUCGAUCGACUAUUACUGGCACUUCUUCUCACAGUAUUUAUGACAAUGAUGUGGAACAUUGAUGAGCAGGAUUAUCAUUAUCAUUUAAAAUCUUUAGAGAGAAAAAAGAGAAAUUUAAAUCACUCGUAACUUUUUUUUUUACUUAUUUAUUUUUAUUUAAAUAUUUAUUAUCGUCACUAUCAUUUAUGCUUUCAGUAUUCAUUCACGCUUCACUCUUUAACACUUGCCAUUGAAUUAUUUAUUUUCUAAUCUUAAGAAGAUUUAAAAAAAAACAAUCUAGUUAAUAGUAUUUAAUUAAUUUUACGCCGAAUAAUUAAUAUUACGCUGAAUCUGAAUAAUUAAUAAUUCGCUCAAUCUGAAUAAUUAGUGUUACACUAAAUAGUAUUACGCUGAAUCUAAAAUAAUUAUUUAAAAAAUAUUAAUAACAAAAUUGCGCUAUAUUUGAAUAUUUAAAUUAAUAUUACGCUGAAUCUGAUUAAUUAAUUAACAAAAAUAU